UAUUCAAUGAUUAACAAUUAUCGAUAAGUCUGUAAUUCCCGCCAGAGGACCGGUAUUUGGAUUAUGUUGCACGAGAUUUGUUUGAUUCCGUUAUAUUUAAGUACUAUAUUUUGUCCCACGAGAUUUACACUUUUAUAACGUUCUAUGUACCGCGAAAAUAUGUCUGAAGAAAAAGCAACGACGGAGGACAUGUGGACUCCGUACAAGGAACUACAAAGUCUUGUGGAACGGUAUAUUACCUCUCCUCCAACUACACAUGAUCUUCAGUAUCAUGAAUUUACAGAAGCUUUAAGAAACCAUAAACAAAAUUUUCUUGCCUUAUUAAACAAUCCUCCUCCAAAUAUAAAUAACAGAGAAGAAAUUAAAAAGGGAGCAAUUGAGGGUAUUACGCUUCCUGGUUUAGGGUAUCAAUUGUUAUCAAAAGAACUAGUAGAUGAAACACUAAUUAUAUCAGAUAUGUAUCAGCUUAACGAAUUUAUGGCAUUGGAUCUUUUAUGUACUGCUCAAUUGCAAAUGCCUCAUCAUCCUGGUUUACCUCGAGGAUUAACAGCUAUUCUCCUAUAUUAUGAUGGAAAAAAAGCACUCACAUCAACUUUAAGAAUGCUUGUACAAGCUAGAUUGGGCUACAGCUGGGAAAUUAAUGCUCCGAUUGCUCUCUUAAAACAUAUUACUAAAUAUACAAAUGAAUUAGAAAAAGUUGGUUUAUUGGAAAGAAUCUUGUCAUUAUUGGAAAGCAUGGAUCCCUUAAAGGAACAAGAAUUGUUAGAAAAGAAUCGUGCACUAGGAGGACCAAAACAUUGUUAUAUGGUGAUGAAACUUUACAAUGACUGUAGACAGGAUUUGGCCGAUAUAUUAUAUCUGUGGUCUGCUCAAUCUUCAUUACCAAACGAAAUCUUAUUUCAUUUGAUCUCUUUCCUACAAACGAGACAAAUAGUAUUCGAUGCAAAUGAAGAAGGUCCAGAUAAAAUCACUCUUGCACUUACAAUGAGUGUAUUAAAUGCAAUUAACUUUAGUUCAAUACAUAGUCGUGAGAACGGUGAAGGUGCAAUAACAUUUGUUAUUACUCCUAAAAACAAUUUUCAUCUUGUAGUUUGUUAUGCAAUUCAUUAUUUUUUUCCAGAACUUAUAAAUUCUAUGCCAUUAAUCGCAAAAAGAGCACACGAAGAAUUAUAUAAAAAAUUAUCAGCUAAUGACAGUUGGGAAAAUCCUGGGUUGUGUGGAGUAAUACAAUUUGCCUUUGCAGUUGCUUUGGCAACAAUCAAGACUGUAACUAGUAUACAGCAAUUAAAUAUUACUACAGAAGAUGAAAAUUUAUUGGAAGCAGCUUUAUCAAACAAAUGCUUCCAUUUCAUGGCUGAAGUAUUAUUUAAGAAUAAGAGCAUCUACUACGAAGAAUUUUAUCUUCGUUAUUUUCACUCUCUAAUUUCUGAUUUUAUAUUGCUAAUGCCUUUGAAAGUGAAAGAUCUACGAAAUAGAGCAGAUGAAUAUAUGCGUUUAAUUCAACCAUUUCAACAGGGGGGUCUUGAACCACCUUUGAAUCUAGAUAAUCACUUUGAAUAUUUAAUGUUGACUGUAACUGAAUUAUAUAAAGAAGACCCUCUAAAACUGGAUUUGGUUAUGGAUUAUUGGUGUUAUCAUUCUGACUCUAUGCAUGUAUCUGCACCAGUGUAUAUCAAUCGUUUGUCGUCCCGACAGGUUGCUUUAUUUAAAUUUGUUCGGCUUGCUGGAGAAAUAUUGCCAGCAGGACUAUUUGUUCCAUAUCUUAAAAUGAUAGCAUCUCUUGCAUCUUCGCCACAAGCAGCGCGACAAGCAUUUAACUUCCUUAAGCCAAAUGGAACUUCUGGAUCAACAACAAUUUCUUGGGAUCACUUUUUCAAUUCUCUAGGUCGCUAUUACAUUAAUCUCAGAAAAGAACUACCACCCAGUCAAGACACCGUGUAUCGUCAGAGAAGUCAUCCGAAAGGUAUCGCUUCCGAAGAAAUUAAAGGUCUUGAAGCAGUACUCUUGGUCGUUCAAGUGAUUGCAAAAAAUGAUGAAAUGUCGAGGAUAGCAAUAUGCGAUCAUCCAGGGUGGAAAGUAAUACCGUCUUUGAUUGGUUUAGUCAGUUGUGGAAUACCAAUACCUUUGAAAGCUGUUCUUAUACGAACUCUUGCCGCUUUAGCAAGAUCACUCGAAAGUUCAUCUACGAUAUGGCAAAGUUUGGAAGCUGCACAGAUACUCUCAACGAUCCCUACCAUAAGCAGCUACCAACCACGAGGCGUUCAAACAGAACUGGAAGAGAUUGAAUCAAAGAAAGAUGAAUAUCCACUAACACGAGCAAUGCUAGAACUAUUAGACGUUCUCACUGAUUAUUCAAUACCUCUAUUACUAGGAAUGGGUCAGCGCAGUCCUGGUUUGGAUCCGUAUUUAUAUUUUAUCAUCAACACAGUUUUCUUGAAGUUCCAUACGCGAUCGUACAAAAAUCCAGCAGAGAAAUGGGAAGUUGCAGAAGCCUGUUUAAAAAUAAUUUCAAAACUUGUCAAACAGUAUGAACCAACAGUAGAAGAUUUUACAGGAAACCAAUUAAAACUUCUGAGUGGAACAUCGGUCAAUCCUGUUCCUGGAUAUCGUAUAAUGACUCAGUUAUAUUCCAAGUCGGAGUUAUUGCAUGUUAUACUAUAUGUACUUGAUAAAGGAUGCUGUAACUUCGAUACCUACGAACCAUUUGCUGGUAAAAAGAAUCUUGAACAUUGUACCUUGUACUGUUUGGAGAUCCUGGAAAGAGGAUUAAAAAUUCAGCACAGUUACAUGUCGAUUUCAGCAAAAUCUACGCAUAAAAUUUUAACUGGAUUAUCAAGACUACUUUUAGAAGUUCAUCCACAAUCAAAGAAGCCUGAUUACAUGAUAAAUGUUGCCAAAUAUGUUUCUUACAGUUCUUGGCUUCCCCAGCAUGCGUUCUAUGCUGUGGGUAUAAUUCAUGAAGUAACGAACGAACCAGGAGCUGAUUCUGAAUUACUUUCCACGUUCACAGCUACUCCAACUUUAGCUACUGACAUCAGGCACGGCUUCGUGGAAUGUUUGGACGCAGACAUUGUUGUUGACGAGGAUAGCGAGUCAACCGAAAAGCAAUACAUAGGCAGCUGCAAAGAGAGAAUUCUCCUUCUGAUGAUGCACUGUAUUACACGACCUACCCCAAAUCUUGCUCAUUAUUUGUUAGGAUUUAAAAUUACCAAAGACAUUAAGAAGACCAUACUACACCAACCUGGUGGUAUUCUUGGCUUUCCUCGAACAUGUAUACACUCUAUAUUAGGAAUUCUGGAACAAUCUCUUGAGCGUGGCCGUGAUAAAAUAACAGAAGCUUGUUACUCUUUCCUCCACACAUUAGCUGCUAACGACAAAACAUCUGUUACAGUAUUGAGAUUCUUGCGAACGAGUGUCAAUCAAGAUUUCGUGCAACGACAUCUCUCAAAAUUACCCUUUGAAGGUCAAAAUAAAGCAACGGAGCUCGGUUGUAUGUCAGGGCUGUUGAAGAUAGCUGCGAUCGAAUUGCGUGUUGCUGGUGGAAGUUUACAAAAUUCGCUUGUUCAAAGAUUAGUUGGGACUUUUGACCAAGAGAAAGGUCAGAUUAUCCCUUCACAGAAGCUUCUAAUGGACCUUUUACACUACAUUGAAUUUCAAUUACAAGAGGAAUCGCCACCGUCUUUAGAUCUCUAUGGUCCGGGAGAUAUUGAACUACUUUUUGAAAGGAGUAGUGUUCCAGCCACAUUAAUAGGAGGUCCUCGGCUGAUAGAUAUCAGAAAAUUACAAUCUAACCUCAGAGCAGAAUUAGCAGUUACUCAGGGUGGUGCAACUGCGGCCGAGCGCAAUUUAAUGCAACGGAGCAACAGUGAAAAACAACGCAUUCUAAGAUAUGCUUUAAGUAAGAAUCAAACCAAAUUAUUGGCUUAUGCUACAGUAAAAUUUGUGGAAGGUUGGUGUCAAAUAACAGAGAUACUCUUUUGCGUUGCGACGAAUCAGCAACUGGCUACACCACGGAAACAUUUAUUAUUAAAUUUGACACAUGAUUUAUUACAAAAAAUGACAUCCUGCGAAGCUUUAAGCGAAAUCAAGACUUUAGUGUCUGGAACAGUCCUGAUGUUGUUGGUGCAUUUGAGAAACAGUUUUAUCUCACAAAUGGACAGCAAAUUUCCAUCGUCACCUUCGAACACGACAACAAUGAAGAUUAUUUUAAGUCAUAUAUUGCAAUGGAUUUUGAAUGCUGGUGCUUCAUCACAGAAAGUAGUCACUCAUUUGUACGCUGCAUUAUUGAAUUUGCUUUGCGUGAUUGGCUUAGAAAAGCCGGAAACUACAAAUAUUUUGGAUUUGAUGUAUGUCAGUCAAUUAGAUAAUACUGUUAACAGAAUAAUGUCUGUUCAAGAACGUUCGCAUCGCUAUGCUGCAAUACAAGUAAUAAACAGUUUUGGAAAUCAGUUGAUGGACAGUUUAUGUCACAAUUGUUCAGGUGGCCAUGAUAUCUGCAAGAUGUUAGCAUUAUCUUGUUUAGACAAAAUAUUGGAAUUGGACUAUGAAAAUGCUUGGAUAAUGUAUUUGACCCGUAGAGGAUAUUUAAAGUAUAUGAUAGACAGUUUGUUAGAAUCUGAUAAUAUGUUGAGAAGUAUGUUACGACCAGAGCCUCCAUCAUUAAGACCACUAUACUUGUACGAAGCAAAAAUGGCAACAUUUUGUAGAAUGGCUUCUACGAGAUUGGGUGCUGAGAGUCUUCUAGAAAAUAAGAUCUUGUCAUGUAUGUCAAGUAUGGUUGUUUUUGACAAUCAUCCUGAUGUUCACAUAGAAUUUGAAGGAGGUGAUAAUUCCUUCAUACCAUCUACUGGCCAACGUUACCAGCAAAUCUUCUUGCCUGCUUUAUACCUUUGCGAUGCUUUACUCACCACCCUGGGAACAGAGAAUCAAUCAUGUGCCAUACAAGUCUGUGGUUUUCUACAGAGCCACAGAGAAAUCAUUGAAUCGGUCUUAAGAAAUGCUUUGCCAAAAGCAAACGCUCUUUUCUUGAAAGAGAUUGCCUGCCUUACAGGAGUGAUAUCCAGAUCUGCAAACAUUGAUAUGUAUAAAUUGGUGGAUGAAGAAUUAGCGAAGUCUGAAUUCGACGAUCGUAAAUUUGAAGAUUCUACUGGAAUCAGAGAACUUCAUGGCCAUCUUUAUCGAUUACAGAAAUUAAUGUUAUCUUUAUUAUGCAAAUUCCAGUUACAGUCACCUCCUGUUCGCCUGAGUCACGAAGAAACUGAUGCUAAUCAGCAACAUAUUUUCUGUGUUCAAAUAGUAGCGAAUAUCAUGUUGUAUACACGCAAUCAGAUGCAACACAGCAGAAUGGAUCAAAGAAUAAGGAACGUGUUGUUUGAGCCUCAUUUGAGUCAAAAAUCAGGAGGAAGGGAAGACAGAAUGAAAAAUUCAUCGAGUGGAGUACACUUAGGAAUAAUCGUUGAUCAGCUUGUAUCUGUUACAAAUUUGUUACACACUGAAGUAUCUCAUAUUGAUACUCUCAUAAAAAAGUCAGCUAUUGUAAGAGAAAUGCGUACGACAGAAUUAAAAGAGUACAUGUCAGAGGAAGAAGCAAAGCUCGACACGCAAAAGCAACGGGUAAUAGUUGAACAACGAUUAAAUCGUUGGAUAAAGGAAAAGCGCCAAAGCAUAAAAUACUGUUCUUUAAUAAUAGAGCAUGCUUUAUAUAUUCUUUGGAGUCACUUGGAUUUCUACAUGAUACAAGUAGUAUCACGGCAUAGCCGGAUGCAAGUAUCCUCGGGAGGUAUUGGUGAAGACAUGGUAGCAUGGAAAGUAUCGUCAGAAACAUUAAUGGAAUUAAAGCAAGGUUUUGUUUCUACAUUUACACAUAGUUUUAUUACACAGUUAUUGAACAUAGAUAAUGAAUAUGCAACAGUGGAUCGCAAUUUUAUCGAAGUUCUUGUGAGAAGAAUUAAAAGCCUACUUAUAAUUGUAGAAUAAUGGAAGAUUCAUAUUAAUUGAAAUGUGUAAGGACAUAUUUUUUUACGUACUUGUGUAUAUUUACAAUCGACUGCCAAACUCGUAUAGACAGUAUUUAUUAUGAAACAAGAUUUGAAACAAUAAUCGUC